AACUAAUAAUAUUUAAUAUACAUAUUCAAAUUAGAAUAUUAAAAUAUAAUCAAAUAUAUUUGAAUAGAUAGAGCAUUAGAAUAGAUAUAUAUAUAUAUAUAUAUAUUUAAUAAAAUAAAUAUUUAUAGUUAGCUACUAUUAAUAUUUAAUAAUAUAUUGGAACAUGUUAAUAUUGAUAUUUUUAUGAGUUAAUUGUACGGGUUAUUCCAACAAAUAUGUAAACUAUUUAUCAAAUAUAAAACUAACUGAACAAAUUAUAAAGCACACUUUAAAUUAGGUUUAUAAGUUCAGGUAACCGUUGGGUUACGGACCAAGUAUUUUGAAUUUUGGUUCUAAUUUAUAUCACAUCCUAAAUCCUUUUUUUCCGACAUCACAUCGUAGGUCUUAUUACGGUAAAUUCGUAAAUAUAAAUUGAGUUCAAAUAUAACACAUUAAUUUUUGUUCUAAAUUAUAUUACAUGCUAAAACCAUAAAGUAACUGUAUAUCAUUCUACAUUGGAUUAUAUUGAUUUGUUUCGGAUAUAUCUGAAGUUAAAUUCAAAAUUUAAAAGUAAAUAUAAGAAAUAAAUACUUAUUGAUAGAUAAUUGGAUAUUUAAGAUAAUUAUUUAAACUUUAAAUAAUUAUUUCUAUAUAUCAUUUCAAAAUAAAUAUAAAACCGAAUCUUUGAAGUACAUAUUUAUACUUCAAAUAUUUAUAUUUGUGAUUAAUUUAGAAAUUCGAAUCAGUUAUUUUGAUUUUUCGGAUUAGUCAGAUUUUUUUGGGUUUUCCGGUUUUUUUGGUUACCCGUUCAGGUUCGGAUAAUAACACUUCGAGAUCGGAUAUGUUUUGUACAUUUCAGACCUCAUACAGUGCAGACUCAGGUUACGGAUUUUAUAUCCAUGUCUACUUCAAAUAAAGAGAAAAUACUAUUAUAUAAAGUUUUAACCGAAAAACUAUUCCGCGUCAAAACGCGGAUCAAAAUCUAGUUUACAUUAAAAAAAUAAACACUUCACCAAAUUAUACUUAGAUACAUGCAUUUUGUAUCACACAAUGUCGUUAGCUUAUCCAAAAAAAAAAUAUCAUUGUUAUUAUUAUUUUUUAAAAAUAUUGCUUCGUUAAGAUUGGAAGGGUUUGAUUUUUUUAUUCACUUCGUUGAAUAAUGUUGGAUUUUAACUCACACAUCUAGUUUUUUUUUGGGUCAAACUCACACAUCUAGUUUUAUUAAUUUUUUUUUCAGAUUAAACUGAAAAAUACGGGGUUUAAUUGCAAAUUUCUCUGUUUGUUGAGUGUGCUUUUGGCAUAUUCGAAUGUUAUAAACGUUUUGCUCAAUGGUUUUUUUAUUCUCUUUUUUUCUUUUUGUCAUUUGUCAUUUGGCAUUUCAUGCCAGGCUUGCCAGCUGCCGAAUAUCAUGAUCUGCCUCCACUUCGAUUUCGAUAUUUGUUUGAUAAAUUAUUUUUUUAAUAGCUUUCGAUUCCUUAAAGGUCCAACUUUCAUGAAACUAGUACCACAAAGUCUUUUUUUUUUCAACUCAACACUAGUACCCCAAAGUCUACAAUUCAUUUUUAGAAAUAUGUAAAGAAAGCAUUGAUUACUUAGCAUUUUUAGCUAUUCAUUGUUUAUAAGAUUGAGUGUUGUUUUAUAAAAGUGCAUAUAUAAUAAAAUAAGAUAGAUAGCAUUUGUUGUCAAAAAAAAAAAAGAUAGAUAGAUAGCACUUGAAACGAGAUGCAUCGGCAUUUUUGGUGAAUGAGUACUAUUAACAUUAUAAAUGGCUGAUUUGGAGUUUUAUACAAAUUAAUAAGCUACUUAGGUAAAAAAAAGAAAAGAGCUAAUUAGAUUUAAAAUUUGAUUUUUUUUUUCUGUUUGCAGUAGAUUUUAUAAAAUUUUGUGAACAAAAAACAUGAUUGAAAAUAAAAUGAUUUUGUUAAAUUUCUUUGACUUCUAAUUUAAAAUCAUUUGCUUAAAACUCCUGAAAUUUUAUUUUCAUACAUUUUUUAGAGAUUAAGGUCAGUGAACUAUUAACUUUUACAUAAUUUCAAUAUCUUCUUUCAAGAUAAUGACCAUUUUAACCAUUAUUUUCGCAUACCAUCAAAAUUGGGAUUCGAGAACAUAACCCAUUUUUUGGCCAAAUUAUAAGAGUAUAUGGAUCAAUUAUUAAACCUUUUAUUAGUUAGGUAUAGGGCUUUUGAUACUUUAUUAUGUUUUCUACAACUAAAAACUAGUUUACAAUAAUGAAAUGACUCAUCAGAUCUCUUAUAUGUUAUUCAUGUUUUACUAUAACUUCCUAUAUAUAUAAUUUAUAUUUACGGAUUCUUUAGAGAUUAAAACUUAUAGUCCAUUAACUAUACAUAAUAAUCCUAAUAAUCUUUUGUAUUUAAUUGUAAUUAUAGGUGUGUGUGACAUUCAACACUGUUAUUGAUCUCAAACUAGCAUCACUUAAGAAUUUAUUCACAAGAAGAAUCUCAAAGCAAUCAAAAUUUAGUUUGAUCCUUAAAUUUGAUAGUGAUCAAGAUUCGAUUUCCUCCUUCCAAAUGUCCACACUUCUACUUUUAUACCCGUUCUAUUACUAAUUUACUGUUGUCUCCUCUAAAUCUAGAAUUCAGAAAUCGGAGUGCCGAUUGGCUUAAUUACUCCGAAAGAGAUACUAUAUAUCCAACAUUGCAACAUAAAGUUGUAGACCUUUUUCCGACAUCAAGAUGUAGACUUUUGUUGACAAAAAAGGGUGCAGACCUAUAGUUAGAACUUUGAACUGGUUAAAAACAUGUUUCGUCUACAAACACAUGUCUUUUUUUUUUCUUUCAGAUUCCAUCCCAUAUGGAAACAAUAUCCCGAGAAGACCUUAUGAUUAUAACAUGGUUAUGUAAUGUCUUGUGAUGGAAUCUUCCAUUUUUACGUAGUGAUUUUUUUUUUAAAUUACUUAAUGAGUUUUCUGAUAUUUAUACGUUAUGUUUAAUCAGUACGUGGCUUCAAAUGUUACGAACCGCCCUACUGCUCCGUACCACAGUUAACAAUAACAAAAAUCUCUAUAUAUACCAUAUAUCUAUACGUUUUUAUAACGGUUAAAACCGCACCGCAGUUAAACCGAUUAUCCCGCACCGCUCAAACCGCGGUUACCAUUCAGAACCUGUGUCUCGUUUUAAGAUUAUCGAAUGGGGUUUCUGAUAUUUAUACGCCUUCAUGUGAUAUGACUAAGGCGUUAUACUAUGCUUUAGCAUAUUUACAGUUUAAUGAUAGUAAAAUUAGACUACUAUUUCCUUGAAAGAUAAAUCAUACUAGUUUUUAAUGAUAACAGUUUUAUUGAUUCAAUGAAUGAAUUGAAUAGUAUAGUUGCACACCUUUCUUGACCAUUGUAUUGUAUCUCCAAAGUAUCAAUACAAAUCUUUUACACGAAUCUCAAUGUUCCUUUUCCUGGAGAAACAAACUAAUACGGGCACGAGAAUUAGAAGAGUGUCAGAACUCAUGGAUGCAAUUCCGUGUGACCAUGACACACCUGGCAUUGCACUACGAUGGCUCGGUGGUCUAAGUAAAGAAAAUAUUAAAAACGUGCUAUCGCAACCAUUCCCUUACAAAGUUAUUAUUAUUUAUGUGUGUCUCCUUUUCUCUAUCUCGUAAUUUACCUAUAUAAGAAAUCUCUCUAUACCCUAAUCUGUGCGAGAGAGAGAAAGAGAGAGUAAAAGAACACCGUUUGUUCUUGUUUUAAGAAUCCGAUAUAUAAUGAUAACACGUUCACGUGUUCCUCGUCAAAAGAGUGUCUCAGUGAGCACAAUUUUCAAGUGUCUUUUGGUUUUGAUCAAGCGUUCUAUUAAAUUCUCUUAGUCAUCUUUUCUAAUCUCUUUUCUUUUUAAUUUCACUUAAGCGGUUUUAAAAAUUUCUUCCUUUCGUAGGUCUCUAGCUAAGGUUUUUAAGAUAGGUUUUAUAUCAAAUAAAUAAAUAAAAGCAAGAAUCAGUAAGAAGAAGAAUCAGAGAUGGUGAGAACACCAUGCUGCAAAGAAGAAGGAAUAAAGAAAGGAGCUUGGACUCCUGAGGAAGAUCAAAAGCUUAUUGCUUAUCUUCAACUACAUGGUGAAGGUGGAUGGCGUACUCUCCCGGAAAAAGCUGGAUUGAAGAGAUGUGGGAAGAGUUGUAGACUAAGAUGGGCUAACUAUCUAAGACCCGAUAUUAAAAGAGGGGAGUUUACUCCUGAAGAAGACGACACUAUUAUCAAGCUUCAUGCUCUUAAGGGUAACAAGUGGGCCGCAAUAGCAACAUGUUUGGCGGGACGAACCGACAAUGAGAUUAAGAAUUAUUGGAACACGAAUCUCAAGAAGCGUUUAAAACAAAGAGGUAUCGAUCCAACCACUCACAAACCGAUCAAUUCAACCGAUCAAACCGGUUCAGAACCAAAACACCAUAAACUCGGUUCAUCCGGUUCCGCAAGGCUUCUUAACCGCGUUGCAAGCAAAUACUCGGUCGAUUCAAACCGGGAUCUACUAACCGGAAUCAUCAUAGGAAACUCCACAAACAUCGCAGACAUCUCACAAAACACCGGCGACGUCGAUUCUCCGACCAAGAAUUCGACCUCCACGCUGCUCAACCAAAUGGCGGCAGCGUCAAGCGGUUUCAUAUCGAUUCUUACGAACAACACGUCGACCUCUCCCGGUUUCUCCGACAACUGUUCUUUCUCCGAUGGUUUCACUGAGUUCUUUAGUAACGAAGAGAUCUCCGGUAUGUAUACCAACGUCGAUAAUGUUGGCCUUAUGGAGGAGUUAGAGGAUAUUUUAAGCUACGAUGGUGCCGACGUCGGAGAUAUCAAAGACUCGCCUGAGGUUGACGUAACUGAUGAUAUGGACUUUCUUGAUUCUUGGAACAAAGAAGAUGAUUUGGAUUUGGAGAAGUUUGUAAGCUCGUUAGAUUCCAAGAUUGGUGUCUUUGUCUGAAUCUAAAGCAAAAUCAAUUACACGUUGGUUUUCUUGAUCGACUUCUGUAAUGGACUAAUGUAUGGCCACGAGGCGGGAAUAAUAUGAGCUGUCUUGAUAAAAUAAUAAUAAAAUAAUUAUUUCUCGUUAA